AAAUUAUUCUAACCUUAUAGACAUCACAAAAACUUAUCAACCAGCUCAGUGGUUAUUUAUAAAUGGAAACAAAUCGGCAAUAAGCACUGAGUACAUAUAUAUUAUAUACGUAAUAUUUUAAUAUAUUGUGUAAAUAAUACGAUAAUUAUACGAUGCAAGGUGUAGGCACAGCGACGCCGGAUUUUCAACAGCCGCAACCACAUCAUUUACAGCAGCAACAGCUACAAACACACGUACGACGGAAGCAACAGCAAGUGCCCAUGAGUGAUGUAAAGGAUUGGCGACCAUUCAUUUAUGGUGGAUUAGCGUCAAUAACAGCGGAAUUUGGUACUUUUCCAAUUGACACCACCAAAACACGCCUCCAAAUUCAAGGUCAAAAGAUUGAUCAAACUUUUUCACAGCUGAGAUAUCGUGGCAUGACCGAUGCCUUUGUAAAGAUAUCUCAAGAGGAGGGUUUACGUGCACUUUACUCGGGCAUUUGGCCCGCCGUACUACGUCAAGCCACUUAUGGCACCAUCAAAUUCGGCACAUAUUACACACUGAAAAAAUACGCAAAUAAUUAUGGUUUACUUGUUGAUCAUGAAACCGGCUCGGAGCGUGUAUGGGCAAAUAUUUUGUGUGCAGCAACAGCGGGCGCUGUGUCCUCUGCGAUAGCGAAUCCCACAGAUGUGUUGAAGGUACGCAUGCAGGUGCAUGGCAAGAGUGCGCAUCAACAUGGCUUGAUUGGUUCCUUUUUGGAAAUCUAUCGUUUUGAGGGUGUACGUGGCUUAUGGCGUGGUGUGGGACCAACAGCGCAGCGCGCGGUGGUUAUAGCUUCGGUGGAAUUGCCGGUGUAUGAUUUUUGUAAAAUGCAAUUAAUGAAUACAUUUGGUGAUCAUGUAGCGAAUCACUUUAUCUCAAGUUUUAUUGCCAGUCUGGGCAGUGCGGUUGCCUCAACACCAAUUGAUGUCAUAAGGACUCGCCUCAUGAAUCAGCGACAUUUGACGGUUGUAGACGGCGUUACUGUUACGAAUACACAAAAGCUUUACAAAGGCAGUUUCGAUUGUGCGGUGCAGACUGUACGCAAUGAAGGCCUGCUUGCGCUCUAUAAAGGCUUCAUACCCACCUGGGUACGCAUGGGCCCGUGGAAUAUUAUAUUUUUCAUAACCUACGAACAGUUAAAGAAACUCUAAAUCAUAGAAAUCUUCAUCGUUGAAUAGUACAAGCCGCAUUUAAAAAGGACUAUUUACAUAUAAUCGUAUAUAAUACGCAUAUAUUUAGUUUAGAGUAAAACAAAACAUAUAUGAAGCCAAAAAGCAAAUUCUAGCGAGUAAGCUUAUAAAUAGUAGCAAUUAUAUGUAUUUAUAUAUGCGUAUUUUACAUAAAAGAUAAAGAUAAUUAAUAUGGUUGCGCAAAAGUAAUUAGGGAAAUAUUAUUAAAAUAUUUAGUAAUAUUAAUUAGCAAAUGCGCUCUAUAGUUAAAUAGGCAUGUCAACGAAAGAACACAAAGCUAGUUAGACAAAUAAUUGAUACUUUCUACUUUCAUAUGUAUGCAAGCAAACAAAGCAAUUACUAGACCAAGUGGCAUGUGACAGCGUUGAUAACAGUACUACAUGUUUGUGCAUAUAACAGAUAUGCACAAGAAUUGUUAACUAUUUGUUGAACUAGUAAUAAGUUAUAUGGAAAAUUAUUUAGUAAUGACUUUCAGUCGACACUCUACUUUUUGCAUUAAAAUGGCAUAUUUUAAACUUUUUCUAUUACAAUAAGUAGCUAAAAUGUGUUACACUCAAAAAACAUAUAUGUAACUCAUAAUUUGCAUAUACACAUGUCUGGACAUGAGAAUGUAUAUUAAUUUUACUUUUAAAAACAUUUAUUUUAUGCAUUUCGAAAUUAAACUAGUUACAUAAAUCGUAUUAUUUCACUAAUGGCAUUUUAUUACUGCUACUGCUUUAUAACUAAAAAAUAAAACACUUAAUUUUAAGCUACGUAGUUACUACUACUCUACUCUAUUUUCUACAUAUGUAUUAUAUUUUUGCAUUUUCAAAAACUACUACUAAAAACUCGUUUAUACUCUUAAAUUAACAAUAAGCAAUUUAUUGUUUGAAAAAAAAAAUCACAUUAAUUUUUUACGCUUCAAAUACAGUAACAGAAAUAUGUUGUAUUUAUGUAUAAA